UCCAAACACUAAUCGUCAGAUAAUGGACAAGAGCCGAAGUGAGCCCAAACAGAGGAGAAAUGUGUAAGUAUGCACAUUUCAUCUCUUCAAGAUAUAUAUGAGCGAAAAUCUGAAACACACACUUCUGCAUUCAAAUUAGAAGGCCCUGUUAGCAGUUCUCAAAGAAUCUAUCCAUCAAUUUGUUUUUGAUUGUUGCCCUGAAGAAAGACCGAAGUCGUCAUCUCAUUGGAAAAACACAUUGAAUACAAUGGUGUGUAUUACUUGCCCUGUUCUAAAACAUCCUUGUCUGCUGUCCAAGAACCCAACAUCCCGGUUUUCCACACGUAUUUCCAGACCUUACUCUGUGCUUUGUUGUCAAGGGAAUGGAGCUUGUUUGAACAAAGGAGAAGGGUUUCAAAAGGAGCAAAGGAACCACAAACUUAGUUCUUUGUUGGUGGCCGGCAUUAUCAGUAUAGCAUCCAUCAGUGCAACACAAGAAUCAUUGGCCCAGACAUUAGGCAGUCAAAAGGGAGGAGCCAUAUUUCAAAAAGCAUGCAUUGGCUGUCACUACGAAGGUGGCAAUAUUUUGCAGUCUGGUGCAACUUUAACAAUAAGAGACCUGGAAAGAAAUGGCGUUGCAACAGUAGAAGACAUAUUCAACUUAACAUAUUAUGGGAAAGCUCGAAUGCCUGGAUUUGGCGAGAAGUGUACACCAAGAGGACAGUGUACAUUUGGUCCACGGCUUAGUGAUGAAGAUAUUCGGUUGCUGGCUGAAUAUGUAAAGGCACAAGCAGAUCAAGGUUGGCCAAAAUUGGACCACACAUAAUCAUGUUAUUGAACAUUCUUUACAAUGCUUUGCAAGAUACAUCUUGGGCCUUCAGGAAUGGAUUCAAUGUUUUGCCGUGUUUGGAGAAUUGAUUUUACUUAAUGUUCUUUUGCGACAGUAUAGCCCCUCGAAUUUUCUGUCCCUUCAUUUGGCAUUUUUAUUUCAUUAUAUAUAUAUUUAUUGGAUGAGGUCCGAGGAACA